GGCAUUGGGGAAGACGCGGGGCUGACGCGGAAGCCACGCGGUUGUCACAUGAGACAGCGGCGUGCACUACAGGACGAAAGCCUCGACAUUCUUCCAACCCAUAUCGGGGUUCAGCCAGUAACGAUGACCUCGUACUUCAACGAGCGUGUGAAAUCACCGACAGCAGACGGCAGCUCCCUGCUCUCUCCUACCACGCCCUCAACCGCCACCGCACCCAGGUCGAAUGCCCUGCAGAACCGCAUCACGAGCGUGCUCUCUGCCUCGUAUGCUGAUCUUGAGAUUCGAGACGCACUCUCCAUCCUGGAUGAACGCGAGUUACAGAAUACUGCAGAGACCCGACGCAAUCUCCGCCUUGACGUGCAACAAGAACUCGUUCAGUGCAACGGCGAGAUUGUCCGAGAUUUUGGCAAAGUCGCCGAGCAGCUCCAACGCAUUGGCGCCUCCAUUCAGCGUCUCAAUGACACCUGCACGGAGCUGCGCAAGCAUGUUGGUGCUGCCAACCGGGAGACUGGCCCUAUGCUGGACGAAGCACGGGCGAUUCUGGCGGAGAAGCAGCAAGUCGAGAAGAAGCAGCGCUUGCUGGAUGCCUUCAGAGCACACUUUGUUGUCUCUGAUGCCGAGCUAUCGAUCUUGACCGCCUCCACUGAACCGGUCAACGAUGACUUCUUCCGCGUCCUCACGCGAGUGAAAAGAAUCCACCAUGACAGCCAGGUCUUGCUCGGCUCGGAGAACCAACGCUUGGGUCUUGAGAUCCUGGAGCAGACUUCACGACAGCUCAGUGCUGCCUUUCAGAAGUUGUAUCGCUGGGUGCAGCGCGAGUUCAAAUCCUUGGACCUGGAGAAUCCGCAGAUUAGUGCUGCUAUCAGGCGAGCUUUGCGUGUGCUAGCAGAACGCCCAACGCUGUUUGAGAACAGCUUGGACUUCUUCGCCGAAGCACGAGAAAGUGUCGUGUCCAACAGCUUCUAUUCAGCACUUACUGGUAGGCCUACAGAUCCUGAUCACCCGGUCAUGGGCAAGGCAAUCGAGCUAUCUGCACAUGACCCAUUGCGGUACGUGAGUGAUAUGCUUGCCUGGGCCCACUCCGCUACAGUGUCCGAGCGAGAAGCGCUGGAAGUUCUCUUUAUCUCCGAAGGCGACGAGAUUGCCAAAAGCAUCCAGGCUGGCAUUGAAAGCGAGCCGUGGUCACGGACCGAUGAUGCUGACGGCAAAACUCCGUUUGACGGCAGGAAAGCACUCAACGAGCUUGUGGACAGAGACUUGACUGGUGUCCUCAGUCAAUUGAGACAGCGGACUGAGCAGGUCAUCCAGAGCCACGAAGACUCUACCUUGUCGUAUAAAAUUGCGAACUUGGUGACCUUUUACUGCAACAUCUUUUCCGCUCUAUUAGGCCCACAGUCUGCCAUCGUCGACGCUCUUCGACCAUUGUCGGACACGGCGAUGCGCAACUUUCGCUCAAUCAUGCGCAAUAACGUUCUCAAUCUUCAAACAGACCUGGUCAUAUCUCCAGACGACCUGACGCCCCCAGACUUCCUCACCGAAGCUCUGCAGACGUUGACAGCUUUGAUGAAGAGCUACGAUACGUCAGCCGUCGCCGCAGACCGUGCUCAGCGUAUUGCAGGCUUUCAACCUAUCCUGCAGGAAGCACUCGAUCCAUUCCUUGUUGGAUGCGAAAACAUUACGAAACGCUUACGGACGCCGAACAGCCACAUCUUCGCGCUAAACUGCUUGCUUACAACUCAGGACACGCUGCGGCAGUACGCGUUCGCUGAUCGCUCAGAGGAGCUACGGCCGCGCAUCCGGGAGCACGAAGAUCAGCUUUCGAAUGCGAUGCACGACUGGUUUCUGAGGCAAUCCGGGCUGGACCGAUUACUCACAAGCGUUACAACUCUCCACGAUUUAGCAUCGUCAUACAAGGACCCUAAACAACUGGCUUCUAUCGCGCAGCAACUGGACUCUUUCCUACCAGCGGCUACAGAGGAUGCAAGAACAUAUCUGGGCCAAUUGGAGGAUCGGACAUUGGCGAGAAGGAUCGUUGAGACGGCCGCUGAGAGGUUCUGUGAAGACUUCGAGGAGAUGGAGCAGCUGAUUGUUGAGGCUGAUGAGGUGAGGGCCAAGCAGGUCAACGGUGAGGCAGGCACGGAAGAUGAAGAGGAAGUGUGGUUGAGGGAGGUCUUUCCGAGAACCGGAGACGAAAUUAGGGUACUUCUUAGCUAGCCGCUGUCACCUUAGAGCUGCAUACCGGACGUUCUGUUUGCAGUCAGCGAACGUUGGCACUUGUAACCUCUGUUCAGAUGCGUGACGUACCUUUGCG